UUUACACCUUGGCUAACACUUUUUUAUUCUCCACUACUAUUGCAUUAUUUGUCCUAAGCUGCCGACCAAACAGACUACAAUCAUGCCCGUCCUAUCCCCGUCUUCUUCUUUCUUCGUUUUCACUUGCUUCUUCAUCGUUUUCUUUGUAACCAUAAACUCACCCUGCUGCCUAGCCAUCAAAGCCAAUGUCAAACGCCGCCCACGCCAGAUUUCUGUCAAUUACUAUGCAAAAUCUUGCCCUCAAGUCGAGCAGCACAUCAGCUCCAUCACCUCCCAACAAUUCAAAGAAGCCCCCGUCUCUGCACCUGCCACUAUUCGCCUCUUCUUCCAUGACUGCUUUAUAGAAGGCUGCGAUGCGUCUAUCCUUAUAGCAACAAAGCCUGGAAGUAAAUUACUAGCUGAGAAAGAUGCAGAGGAGAACAAGGACCUGAGAAGAGAAGGGUUUGAUACAAUAACGAGAGCCAAGACUUUGGUGGAGAGCAAAUGUCCCGGCAUUGUUUCCUGCGCUGAUAUUCUUGCAAUUGCAGCCAGAGAUUUUAUCCAUUUGGCUGGGGGACCUUAUUAUCAGGUGAAGAAAGGAAGGUGGGAUGGGAAAAUAUCAAUGGCAUCCAGGGUGCCCUACAACCUCCCACAUGCGAAUUCAACCGUCGAUCAACUGAUCAAACUCUUUAGCUCAAAGGGGUUAAGUGUCCAGGACCUGGUUGUGCUCUCGGGUGCACACACUAUCGGCUUUGCCCACUGCAACAACUUUUUGCAACGACUCUACAAUUAUAAAGGCACCAAGCAGGCUGAUCCUUCCAUUGAUCCAAGGCUAGUAAAGGCCCUGAAAAUGUCAUGCCCACAAGCUGGUGGCAAUGUUGACAUUGUGGCUCCAUUUGAUGUCACCACCCCAUUCGUAUUCGACCAUGCUUAUUAUGCAAAUUUACAGAGCAAAUUGGGCUUGUUAGCAUCGGACCAAGGUCUAUUUUUGGACCCGAGGACCAAGCCUAUAGUCCAAUCUUUGGGUCAGGACAAGGCAAAGUUCUUCCAGGCCUUCUCAGCAGCUAUGGACAAAAUGGGCUCCAUUGGUGUCAAAAGGGGAAGAAGACAUGGAGAGAAAAGGAAAGUUUGUAGUAUGCACAUGUGAAGCUUGUUGCUUUUUCUCUCUC